UCCCCUAGGACUGCAGGAAGAGCCAUUCUGCAGGAGCUCACAAGAGCCUCCUUUCCAUCCACCUCCACCCUCAGCAUCCAUUCCCCCCGAAGCUGAAAUUCUCAAGAGUCCCUGGUCAAACUGUGGGUUCAGUGAGUUAAUUUGAGCUCUGGUGAUGCAGCAGAUUGUGCAAGAAAAUUUGUCUUUAAAAACUGUAAAGGCAUUAUCUCACCUAUGCUAGGAAAUCUGUACAGGAUUCUCUGGAGAUCAGUACCUCAUUGGCUGGGAGAAAUCACAAAGGGUCUGAUUGGAGGUGAAGAUAUUCCCAUACCCCAUGGCAGGGAUACAAAAGUUGCCUCAGCUUGGAGGGCUUAAAGAACCUGAAAGACGGAUGGCUGGGGGUAGCAUAUAUAGGGGGAGACCUGCCACAGAACAUGCAUGCCACUCCCAGAGAACUAUCAGUGCUGCAGCUGGAUGUAGGCAGGGAGAAGACAGAAAAGCAAAGGGCGCCGGGGUGUUGGCAACAGGGGUCCCCGCACACGUAACACAGCUUUACAGAAAGCAGACUGGGACCCAGGCAGGCUUCUGCCUUGCCUUCAAAAUCAGCCAGAUUUUUAAAAGAACUUGGUCCCCGGAGGAAGGAGACCUGGUUUAACAAAGGGCUCCAGCACUGUUGAAUGUCCUGUUUCGAAAGCCCUCCUUUCUCUUUUGGAGGCAGGGCUGUGUUGAUUAAAAAUCAGAAAGUCUCUCCAUAAAAGGAUAUCAGAAAGACAGUUAUUCUCAGUAUCGCUCCAAACCCUGGGUUCACUCUCCUUGUGUUCUUCUUGCAGCAAAUGAAGGACCAACUGGACAGCAUGCUGCUGACCCAGUCUCUGCUGGAUGACUUUAAGGGUUACCUGGGUUGCCAAGCCUUGUCGGAAAUGAUCCAGUUUUACCUGGAGGAGGUGAUGCCACAGGCUGAGAACCAUGGGCCUGAGAUCAAGGAGCACGUGAACUCGCUGGGGGAGAAGCUGAAGACCCUCCGGCUGCGACUGAGGCGCUGUCAUCGCUUUCUGCCCUGCGAAAACAAGAGCAAGGCGGUGGAGCAGGUGAAGAGCGUCUUCAGUAAGCUCCAAGAGAGGGGUGUCUACAAAGCCAUGAGUGAGUUUGACAUCUUCAUCAACUACAUAGAAACCUACACGACAAUGAAGAUGAAAAACUGAAGCAUUCUAGGGAAGAAGACCUCCAGGAUGGUGACUCGACAGACUCUAUGACAUAAAUGGAAGAUCUCUGAAGUCCGAUCCAGGGCUCUGGAAGAGCAGAACCAGCUCCCUGGAGACCUCUACUGUACCUCUCUCCUAGAAUAUUUAUUACCUCUAAUACCUCAGCUCCUACAUCUAUUUAUUUACUGAGCUUCUCUGUGAACUAUUUAGGAAGAAGCCGAAUAUUAUACUUUUUUUCAAUAUUUAUUCAUUUCACCUGUUUAAGCUGUUUCCAUAGGGUGAAAUACCCUAUGGUAUUUUAGUGUUUAAAGAGAAAUUGUAAGUUAUAUAAAGAAAUGUUCCUUGUGGAGCCAACUGCAGUUUCCAUUCCAAGCCUGACCACGCUCGCCAGCUGUUGGGCUGUUUUCCCUGACCGCCCUCUAGUUUCUCUUGUCCCUGGACCCACCCAGGUCCCUGGGCUCCCUGAGUGUUAUUGAGACUCUUAUGCUCUUAGAAAGAGAAGCUAGGGAGCCCCUUUGACGAUUAAUAUUCCAGUGGCUCUGAGGGAUUCCCCUGACCUCUUUCCCCAACCACUUCAUUCUUGAAAGCUGUGGUCAGCUUGUUAUUUAUAACAACCUAAAAUUGGUUCUAAUAGAACUCAGUUUGAACUAGAAGCAACUCAAUUCCUCUGGGAAUGUUACAUUGUUUGUCUGUCUUCAUAGCAGAUUUUAUUUUGAAUAAAUAAAUGAGUCAUUAAAACCACA